AUGCAAACAUCUCCAAACUGUGAUAGCUGGCAAUUCUCUAGGAAGCAUAUAGAAGAUCAGUCCCCAUCUAGAAAGGACGGACUGUCAUUGAGACGGGAAAAUUCGCAUCGUCGCUUGGCUCUCGCCUUCACACAAGAUGUUGGCUGUUUGCUUAAGAUGGACCAGUACACAAUCGCUACAGCCUUCGUCUACUGGCAACGGUUUUUCAUGAUUCAGUCCUUGUCCAAGAACGAUCCAUACCUUAUCGCAUCCGCAUGCCUUCUUCUCGCUGGGAAAGUCGAAGAGAACUUCAAAAGUUUGCAGAAGAUAACGGAGAUGUCAUUCUAUGUCCGAAACAAGAAGGAUCCGAAGGCCUUGGAGUCUAUUAAAAGCACCCCCAAGCUCUUAUUGGCGGAGAUGGACAGGGUGGUGAAGGCAGAAGAAGCCCUUCUUGUUACCAUGAAUUUUGAUUUUUUCGUCAGUCACCCGUACAAGCCGAUCUGCUCUGUGGUGAAGGAGUUCGGUUUUACAAACCGCCAGUCUGAAAGGGACCGGACUUUCUUUCAGAUCGCGUGGAACUUCGCCAAUGACAGUUUGCGGACCACGCUCUGCCUUCAGCCGUUUUGGCCGAUGGACAUUGCGGCAGCUUGCGUCAAUCUUUCAGCGACUGCCUUGAGUGUCCAGCUUCCGAAAGCUGCUGAAGGAGCACCAUGGUGGACCAAGUACGGCGUCUCUCCAGAGACACUUCAAGACGUCGAGCUGCAGAUCAUGUCCUUGUACAAGAGGAAGGAGGGCGAUAGCCAAACACCAACGUCUUGCCUUUCUCUUCCAGCCACUCCAUCUAUCAACGCCCCUCCGGCAAAGAAGCAAAGGACUGAGACCCCGAGUCCCACUAGUGCCGUUAUGUCGUCACACCAGUGCCAGUCUGAUGCGAAGGUUGGUCAGCAGGGCGAGCCAAACCAACAUGACCCUAGGGAACCUGACGUCAAAUUGAAUCACCAGGCUGACGGAGAGCGUGAGGUAAAGCCUCAGUCUCUCGGCACUGAGCUUGUGGGGAAGGCUGGCGGACAAGAGAAGCAUGAUGCAGUUGUCAGCAGCAAGCCGGCUGUGCUUGUUUCGUGUGGAUCUGCCGCUGCUACAAAAGCGUCUCAGCACACCUCCCCAGGGAAGGUUGAUUCAGGGGGUUCUGUUAUGGAGCUUUCAGAGGAGCUGAUAUGCAGACUGGAGGAUGUAGAAGUGCACAGGCGGAAGCGUACAGCAGCAAACGCUUUUGUUGCUUAG